CAAAUGUUGCGAGGAAUUUGAAUUUGUCGUAUGGGCAUCGCGACAUUAACGUCCAUGCGGAUGUUUUCCACACACACACCCCCCUAAAUCGAUUGUGACAGUAAAAGGAUUUUCACAACUGUUUUUAUGCUUCUUUUUUAUGUGUGUAACAUAAUAAUUAACUAUAAUAGAAAAUACGUCCAUCCAUCAUGUGGCGGGCGACUUCUGUUUUGUGAGACUUUGCUGUGCCUUUCUUUGACAGAAAGAUCACAGAACAUCUGUAAAAAGUUAACUCAUCGGGAUCACGCCUUUUCAGCGUAUUUAAUACCACGAAAAAUAACGAUUUUAAUUUUUAAUAUUAUGUGUUGUAUGCAGUUUUCCCUCAAUUUAUUAUAAGAUGUAUGCAGUUUUGCCAAAGGUGUUGAGGUAUCGUAUUUCAACUGAAUGUAUAUAUCUAUUACGGCUUCAUAAAAAGAAGAAACGCGUACAGUUUGUUGGUGUCAAUUAAUUUAAUUCUAAUGAUAAAUAAGAUAUCGUAUGAUAGAGGGGUGUCAUUUUUGGCGCCAAAUCGUUCCUCGUUCGAGCUACAAAAUAAUCUUGCAUAUCAAGCACUAUAUCAGAUUUCUGGACUUCUUUUUGUCAAUAAGAACGUCAUAUUUCUUUUUCAAGCUUUUUAUUUGAGCAAAUUCCGACGAAUAAUAAUUUAAUUGUUGAAAUUUAAUCAACUUAGAUAAUUGAUUUAGUGAUAGCGAUCUCGUCGAUGUGACUUUGAAGGAAAUAAUCAUGCAUUGAAUAUCAAAAGAACGGAAGAUUUUGUUUGAAUUCAUCGAAUUGGUACUAAUUUUUCGUGCCGACAAAAGAUGGGUUAUAGCAGGAGAUAAAAAACAGUGGAAGGCAAAAUCAAUAGCCGGAUUAGCCCAAUCUUCCUAGCCUUUUGGGGGCAUAUUUGUUUUUGACGGUAUUUCGUCAGAAAUUAAAGCAAAAUUGCAAGCACUCGGUAUAUGAUUUAUUUACCUAACAAAUAAGACGGUAAAAUAAGUACCCCCCACUCCCCGAGCGGAGGAUUUCUAUUUUUAAAGCGAUAAAAAUUUCUCUCUCCUUCCUUUCUGCGGCACAGUAAGCACAGCGCAUACUAGCGCAAAGGUAUUAGAGUAAUCGCUGAAAUAGGCAGUGCCCGUGUUAUCUGGUGAGGAGUGCGACGUAAACAAUGUGAUACUAUUUACCCAUCUCGGCGUGUACGUUAUGAUAUCGUGGCUUCAUAAAGUUGACGGCGAUUUUGAGACUUGGGAUUAAUUAAUACGAUUGUGGAGAGAAAAAAUUUGAGUAUAGAAAAGACGUCAAGAUAAAGAUAGAGGAGAUUGCCGGGGUAUUACAAUGGAGCUGGAGAUCACGCGGAUAUAGGAAAAGCAUGAAAGAGCGCAGGGCACACGUGUAUCCAUGGAUGAAUUAAGACAAAAAUGUGCAAUUUAUUUGUUAUUUACCUAUGUUUAAUUUAUACAGUUGUGGAAAGUGUCAUCACUAACACCAGAGAAUGUGACAUCGCAGACAAAAACCCUUCCAAUCUGAACUCCUUCCUAUGGACACUGAAAAGAAAUCCACCAUCUUACUUUUUUGGCACAAUUCAUGUUCCUUAUACAAGAGUAUGGGACUUCAUUCCGGAGAACACAAAAAUUGCCUUCGAGGAAGCAGAGGACAUCGUAUUUGAGUUGGAUUUGACAGAUCCGUACACCAUAUCUGCAUUAGCCAACUGUCAGCUGCUUCCCAGUGGAAAAACGUUGGAUAGUAUCCUUCCAGAAGAUAUUUAUGUCCGGCUAAAAGACCACAUCCAUUACGUCAAAUCUAUGCUACCAUCAUGGAUGACAGCAGACCAAAGAGGAAUGGGACUUUACGCUGACUACCUGUUUGACAUCAUUGCAGGAAACUGGGAAAGGAAGCGUCCAAUUUGGGUUAUGUUGAUGGUGAAUUCUCUGACAGAAAAUGACAUUAAAUCCCGGGGGAUUCCAGUGUUGGAUUUAUAUUUAGCGCAGGAAGCUGAGAAGAUGGGAAAAGUGACCGGUGCAGUGGAACGGGUGGAAGAGCAGUGUGUUCCCCUGAAUGAACUCAACUUUUCUCAGGUUUUGUUUGCGUUGAAUCAAACACUCUGGCAGCACGAGAUAUCACGGUCCAAUAAGAAUGCUGUUCACUACACUACGCAGGACCUCAUUCACCACUACAACUGUGGCGACCUUAAUUCAAUUAUAUUCAACCACGAUACAGCACAAGUGCCGAAUUUGGUCAAUAGCUCACUACCACCCCAAGAUCUUCAGACGGCGAAAAUGAUUGAUGAAUACUUCCGAGACGAGCUCAUCAACAAACGCAAUGAGAGAAUGACAGUGAGAGUCACCAACCUUUUAAAGGCUCACCCUCAGAAAAGUUUCUUCUUUGCUUUUGGGGCUGGUCACUUUCUGGGCAAUGAAACUGUGAUUGACAGAUUGAAAAAGCAGGGCUAUUCCAUAGAGCACAUCCAACACAAUGACAGCAUUCCAAGGUCUAAAGGAAAGAAGAGAAGAAAACUGAGAAGAAAGAAAAAACAGAGAAAACAUUACUAUCAAUCAGUGGAGAAUAUAUGGUUACCAAUGGAGCCUGAGAGAAGACCAUGGAUGGACCAACUUGGCAAGGAAUCCAGAAAACCGACAAGAAAUCGUGACACUCCAUUCAAUGAUUUGUGGAUACGGAUAGACAAUAAAAAUCCUGGUCUUAUGACAGAACUGGCAGAGAGAUUUAGUCAAAAUCGAAAUGACACUCAGAAGAGCCAGGUUUUUUACAAACAGGACAUCCCAUCCACUGCACACAAUGUCCACAGUCAUUUGAUAUUAACUGUUUUCAUUGUUAUGAUAUUGUUAUUUUCUUGACAGUAGAGUUUUUCCUUUACUGUUGAUAUUAUAAGUUAUUGAUUUUUUACUUGUCUUUCAAUGGGGUACAUUUGAAUGUUGUGUUCAUCCAAUGAAAGCAUUGGAAAGCAUUAUUUAUAACAUUGUAAAAUUGUACCAAGAACGAUAACUCUUGUUAAAGUUGGAGCUAUGAGAAGAUUUAUUUCCCAUAUGUUACUGUGAUAUAAAUGUAUUUCGAGAAUUUAAUGGGUUCAUUUUUCCCCAUUACUUUUUAAUCACUGAAUGUUAUUUAACAUGUGGAGACUAGCAAAAUACUCAGUACUGAUUGUGUAAAUAUCAAGAGAUCCCUAUUUUCUUAAGACAUUUAUAUAUUAAAGAUACAAGAAGCAGGAUAGGUUUCUGUAGAGCAGAUUUUUUCGAUUUAUAACAGCUUUAGUCAACUAGUCAUUGACUUAAUUAAUCCAAUUAUAAACAUGAAUAAAAAUGGUAUUGUUAUUUCAUAAUACAUGUAUUCAAAAUAUCACUGACAUCAGAAAUCCAAUUUUCCUGCUAGUCAUGAAUGUGUGUGUCAUUUUCAUUUUCAAAAUUGAAAGUUCAGAAAUUAGGAAUUAAAUAAAAAUUUGAACAUUCUCAUUGUUAUAAAAUGUAAGUCAUGACUGGUAGACCUACAUUUUAUGAAAUAGUAUUUCUAUAUUAUAAAACAAUAUUUGUACUCGCAUACUUAAUUUUUUUUAGAUACAAUUUUACCAUGUCGUGAUCAAAAUUCUGAUAGAUAUUAGACUGUAAAAACUCGGUUUAUAAAUUGAAGCAAUAUCUACCAUAUAUGUACGUAAGUUUUUAUUUGUGAGAACUUUAUUCUCCUGUGAAUUUGUGAGGUUGUCUCGACAACAAAUACAGUCAGAAUCUCGUGAAUAAUUUGUAUAUACCAUAAUUAUACAUAGCAAUGAAGAAAUGAAUAUUUGUGAAAUUUAUAUCUUGCUUAUAAAUUCAUCAAGGCUAGAUUGUGGAUAUAGAGUCUAAUGAGAUAUGUGAUUGACAGUACAAGAGAAAGAGCAUGUCGUAACUUCAUUUAAAUAGUGCUAUAUUUCAUCAAUCAAUUUUCAUGGAUAUGCUUUGUUUACUUAUACUUUUCAAUGUACCUGAUUUCUAAGACAUUAUUAGUUUAUUUCAAGUAUGGGCAAUAUCCUCACAUUGUCUACCUCAGUUUUCAGAAUAUUUUUGUUAAGCAUUUCCAAAACAAAUAAAAAUCCAUUUCCACUCUA